UAGGUUCACGCCGAUGUCCGAGGAGACUUUUUGUUUGUGCUGAUUCUUUCUCCUACCCCGCCACCCUCACGCGUUUAAAACCCCGCUAAAAGAACUGCAAUCGCACUUGUUUUGAAGCUUAACUCUAUACAUUUUACAGUUUCCCUCAGGCUUUUUAAACCAAGGAUGAAGGCCAAAUCUGUCGAGAUGGGGGGAAAAAAAUCGCAAUUAGAAAUCCCAAUAGAAGCUUGCCAGAUUCAUUUAUCAGCGUGUGAAGAGAACUCAGCCUCGGGGCGGCGUGUGUUGUUUGUGCGCGCACGCGCGUGUGUGUGUGCGCACUGUUCCUCAGAUAUCUAUCUCCACUUUCUGGCCCCUCGUCCAUUCACACGGUCAUUCAGUCAGGUUCAAAGUCUGAGCAUCUCUUUGCCAGAGGAAACUGGAAACCUGCUUGAGCUCUGCCGUGGGUCAAAGUGGGAGGUGGGCGGUGUGCUCAUGCCCCCCCCCCCACACACACACACACAUAUGCGCAAACUGCCGCACUCUCAACUAUGAUUGCUUUGAAAGUGGUGCGCUUGUCCCACCUCAAGUUCAGCCACAUACUUAUGUAACUGUUUGGAUAUUUGUCACUAUGGUCAUCUCAGUGCAGUGUUAAAUCCUUGAAGUAUUUAAAAAAAAAGUCAGUCUAACGGGUGCAAAGAGACGUUAGGGGGCAUUUGGGGACGAUUACCAGUUAAGAGUCGAUAAAAGUACGUCACUUCAGCUGUUUAUUUACAUGGCAAUGACCUUUUGGAACCUGGAAAGUGCUCAAAAGUGUAUUUGCUUUGCAACUGUUUUUCCUUAAAAAUGUCAGGAAAAGCCUCCUAGAACAUCUGAACAUCAUUUGGAGUUUAUCAGCGGCACUUUAAAUGGUGGCUAGUGUGCGCUGACUUGCAUUUAACAUGAGGUUGAGUGUGAUUGGUUCAUUCUGAAUGUGGCCAGAUGCCCGUGUUAGAACACCGCACAUGCAAACUCCACACGGGAAAUGCUGCAGCCCAAAUUUGAAGCCACAGUCUGUGAACUGUGAAGACGGAUGCGCUAAGCCACCGCGGUGGUUCAUUCCAGCUAAGCAUGUCAAAAACAUGUCAUUUAUGAAGUGGAGGCACCUUCAGUCAUCUUUUUCCUCGCAUCCAUCUCCAAAGGUUAGCGGCCAAAGUGCACCACCGGCUGAUGUUCGGAGGCUCGAAAGAAGCAUGCUGUCAAAGCCGUGGCCCUUCGGCAUCGCGCAGCAGGUCCACUCAUGGGAUGUAGUGCAUGCAGAGUCAGGUUCAACUCGGCCAAGGCGCUGUCUUUCCUCACCAUGCUCUUGAUCUUCACCUACUUCUUCUACUGCCUCACGGGAAUCUGCCACUCGGCUCCGAGGACUUUUUACGCGGACGAUGAGCGGCUCGGAACCCCGCCGGGGAACAGAAGCGCUUCCCCGGUUGACGCGCGGGCUGUGCAGCCCCGCAGCCUCUUGGAGGACAGCAACAAAAACAACGACAACAACAACAUGCCCGUGUCCAACACUUUCGGCAGCAAACGCUUCCCGCAGGCCAUCAUCAUCGGCGUGAAGAAGGGAGGAACCCGCGCCUUGCUCGAGUUCCUCCGGAUCCACCCGGACGUCAGGGCCGUGGGAGCCGAACCUCACUUCUUUGACAGGUUCUACGACAAGGGACUCGAGUGGUACAGGAGCUUGAUGCCUCGGACUCUGGAUGGUCAGAUCACCAUGGAGAAAACCCCCAGCUACUUUGUCACAAAGGAGGCUCCGAGCCGCAUCUGCACUUUGAACUGCCAAACCAAGCUCAUCGUGGUGGUCCGGGAUCCUGUGACCCGAGCUGUGUCUGACUAUACUCAAACUCUAUCCAAGAACCCGGGACUUCCCUCAUUCCAGAGCCUGGCCCUGAGGAACGCCUCGACGGGCCUGAUCGACACGUCGUGGAGCGCCGUUCGCAUCGGCCUCUACGCCAAACAUCUGGAGAACUGGCUUCAGUACUUCCCCUUGUCACAAUUUCUUUUUGUUUGCGGCGAGAGGUUAGUGUCCAAUCCCGCUGGGGAGAUGGCUCGGGUUCAGGACUUCCUGGGCCUGAAGAGGGUCGUUUCCGAGAAGCAUUUCUACUUCAAUCAGACCAAAGGUUUUCCCUGUUUGAAAAAACCCGAAGGAAGCAGCAGACCUCGCUGUUUGGGUAAGUCAAAGGGAAGACCGCAUCCUCAGAUUCCUACCGCCGUCCUGCAGAAACUGAGAGACUUCUACAGACCUUACAACCGACACUUCUACCAGAUGAGCGGGCAAGACUUCGGAUGGGACUAACAGGGGAAGGUAGCACAGAUAAAAAAGCCUGACUCUGACGUCUCAGGAACCAAAUGUGACAAUACAGACAGCAACCUCCAAGUGGACCAGCUUCACGACUGUCCUGUCGAUGGGGACUCCAGGACUUUUCCUCAAGUCCCAAGCAGCCACGAGACACUUAAAGGGGGAGUGUGCAGUUGAUAACUCAACUUGACUAUAUUGAUAACAAUUUAUAAAAAUAGAAUUUAUUAAAAAAAAAAACACUAAAGGUUUGAAUGUACCCUCACUUCCCUCCCCACCUUGAGUCUCACAAUAUAGCCAUUCAUAAUGCCACACGAUGAUAGAAGUGCAGAGGUGUGACAAAUAGUCACAGAGAACGCAACAAAAUAGCAGUGCUAAGCUAAGCUAAGCAUUUGCAAUGUAAACAAGCUGCUGAUGUUAACCUCUUUGUAAGGACAUUGUUAGGAUAAUAAAAAAUAGCAUCGGUUAGAAGUUUUGUUGCUUGGAAUUUUCAAUCAAUUAAAACUCAAAAAGAGGUGAUAAACGUAAUGUCCAGCAGAAAUCUUGGUAAGUGCAUUUCUUGCGUCUGAGGUUCAGAGAGGGCUGAUUUUUUUUUUUUUUUUUUUUUUAACACAGAUUAUUAUACUAUUGUUCUACUGUCAGGAUUAUACUGAUAGUCUUCACAAAUAUGUCCAAAAGUUUUUGGGGAAAACGGCACACUCUCCCUUUAAUAACUCGGACAGUCGGAUAGAAUUUUUGUGGGUUUCUAAUAUUUCAUUGUUUUACCAUCGAUUUAUAAUUCAAAGAAAGGCCAAAAACAACAAACAAAACAUUUCUCACUUGGACCUCACAUGUAGCUAAAGAAGUAACAACAUUCAAAUACAAAUGGCUUACCUUCCAACAGCCCCUACUUGAUUAUGCAAGCAGCUGGUUGAAGAAACAAAAAAAAAAUAUUUUUAAUAAAUCAAGCAGCGUGGCUUGUUGGAAGGCGACAGUGACUUGAGGUUUCGCUUUCAUGCUUUCAUCGCUCUUGUCAUCACAAAUCUGCUUUUGAAGGGGAAGCGUCUUCUGAUGCCACCAAUUGGGGGAGUUUAUGUCCGUCCACCAAUCAUUCCCAAUCGCAAAAUCAAACCGAAUCAACAGCAAAGAAAGGAAGAAAAAAAAACAGACGAUUCACGUCGCAAUAACAACUACCAUGACAUGCGACUGCUUUGCUGUCGUGUAAAAAUUGCCAACGCUGCUGAGGUACGUCGCUGCUUGCUUGUUUGUUUGCAUCAUAUGGAAGACGACGAGUUGAACCAAAGGGAAAACAUUGCCUCCAAGUAUAUUUUUUGAAUUGAAUAAGCUGAUAUUUAUAGUUUGUGUUGAUUUACAGACAAAAGAAAGAUUUUUAAAAAUGUAUUUAUUACACAACAAGACGUGAAAAAUGCCUUACUCGCUAAUGAUGAACCACAAUCUCAUUUUAGUUGACAGUAUUAAUUUAACUGGACUGCUCCUAUUUUCACAACAUUUACUGUUCAGAAGGAAAUAUGUUUAAUGUUACAGGGUGCCAACUGUGUUUCAUUUUAAAUUCCGUAACCAAGUAAAGUUCUAUCUUCCAUGACA